UCUCUCUCUCUCACACACACACACACACACAUCGUGUUUACAGCAUUGGAGAGCGCUGCAUAUCUGACAUUUCUCUCCCAAACUCCAACCAGCUCAGUUCUCUUCUGAAAGACCGGCCUCCUCUUGACCAGACUAGAUGCUCAUAGACCCCCAGGUCAUUUGAGUUUGACACCCCUGCUGUGGAAGAACAGUUCGUCCAAAUCGAACCCCUCCUCCUCCUCUUCCUCCUCCUGCAUCGCCAUGGAGCGUGUCCAGCACAUGACCAAGUCGGCCAUCCGCCGAGCGUCACAGAUCGAGGUCAACCCACAGACCAAAAGGAACCUGCAGGAGCUGUUUGUCAACUUCACCCUCAUCCUCAUCUGCCUGCUCCUCAUCUACAUCAUCGUCCUGCUCAGCAGCUGAGGACAGACUCUCUCUCUCUCUGUCUCUCUUUCUCUCUCUCUCUCUCUCUCUCUCCGCUGACCUGUCUGACCAUGAAGAAGGAAGAGUCCACUCUGUGUGUGUGUGUGUGUGUGUGAACAGGUCACGGCUGCAGCUGGGAUCAGUGAGGAUGUUUCUGGAAGAGCUGAUCAGGGAUCAGUCUCGUCCAUGGUCCAUCAUCAGCUGCAUCUUCAUUGAACUCCUGUAAACAUCUGCCUGCUGCUCAUGCGCAUCAAUCCUCUGCUUUGUUAGCGAUGUUCUAAAUUUUCAAAAGACACACUCUCCCAUUUUUAAGACAGUUAAAGUAACACUAAGUCUGAUUAAGACCAAAAUGACAUGACGUAAUAGUGUUACAUUUAAGCCGGUUCAAGGCAGGCAUAUAUUUGGGGUCUGUUAAUCCCCAAACUGGAGAAAUUAGAAGACGCUGGUGUAUAUUUUGGUGACCCAUUAGGGCGUUUUUUCACCAAGUGGAACAGUUCAGUUCCCUCGGGGGACCAGAGUGAUGGUAUGACACGGCACAGGUGGAGCGAGACCCAUGACAGUCAGCUGAUUGGGCAACAAAAAAGGCAUCACUCCCUUGCGACCCGUGUUUCUUCAACGUAUAAAUAAAAGAGAACAGAACAAUUCUUAUAUAUUUUAAUUGGAUGAGACUCAAAUAAAACUCAAUUUAUCUAAUAACUGUAACUAGUUUUUCUAAACACUUUAUUACAAACUGAUUGCUGUUCUCUUCUCUUUUAUAUUUUCAAACUUUUUAGCUUUGCAGUGACGUGUAUGAUAAGAUAAGAUAAUUUACUUUA